CGGAAGUGGCGCAGUGAAGCUGGUUUUGUUUACAGAAUGGAUGUUUCACGUGUAGUGUCCUAAAUUAAUUAAUGACAUUGAGAAUUCACAUUGUAUUAUUCCCAAUCGUUUCUUAUUUCGAUAUUAAGUCUGUAAUGCACUAAACGCUCAGUAGCAGUCCGGUAUGAGGAGCAGUUCGUCGGUGUCUCUGGCGGGCGGUCGUGGCUCGGGCUCGGUUCGGCUCAGCAGCUCACCCGCGUGUCCGGUAACCGCUCCGGUGGACGCUGCCCUUGAAUAUUUAAUGGUAAAGAAAGACUUUCAGGCUGCUCUGGAUACGUGCGAGAAAGGGCUUGAGAGUUUGGGCUCUUUUGCAGAGCAGGAGGACAGCAGCUUCAAGUAUGUAGAACUGAAAGCAGCAUUGACUAUAGUGGGGAUUCAGGCAUUGGCGGAGCUCAAUCAGUGGCGUGGAGUUCUGCAGUGGGUUUGGCAGCAGUAUGGAGAAACAGAGAAAAUUCCUGCAAAGAUUAUCCAAAUGUGCAUUCUUCUCUAUGUGAAAGUGGAUGAGCGGGCCGUGAUGAAGGAUGCGGUCUGUGAUUGGCUGCACUGCUCUGGUAACAUGAGCCAGUCGGGGUUCAGCUCUGUGGCUGAGCUGUAUUUCCUCCACAUACUGGUGCCGAUGGGUCACACGGCUGAAGCUCUGGAGAUGCUGGAGACUGAUGUGGGUCGGCUGGCCUUCACUGAUGAACAGAGGCAAGCGGCUCGGAGUUUGGUAGACAUUCAGAAUGAGAAAAAUGCAACAUCAUCCUCUACAAAUCCUGAAUCUGUAGCUGUGGCGACAACUUGUGCUUCAAAAAAAGAUAAACUGACUCAGCGGCUGACUUCCAUGAUGAGGUUGUUGUACCGAGGUCUUUCAGUAGCCAGUGUGAGAAUCAGAUCCAUCUCUCUGCGCAGAGUUUUUCUGGCUUUAAUAUUGCUGUAUCUUCUUCUCGUCCGUAUAGACCCGGCUCUUCCCUCAGCUUUCCCGUGGCUGCUCCGCCUGCAUGGACUCCUUCAGCAGACGUGGAACACCAUGUUUGGACCUUAUUACAGAGCCAACAGCCGGAGUUAGAGUUUUAAUGGAGUUAUCCUGGAACUAACUGUGAAACAAUGUUGCCACCCCUGAUUUGUAAUACUUAAUACAUCCUGUGUUUAUA